GUAAAAAUCCAUCACUCAACCACGUCUGGUCACUCUGAGUGUGGAGUGUCUGACUUCAGCUGUCUCCGUUGAGUCAAAUAACUGGUUUGGUCGAAAAUCCAGAAAAUCAAUCAUAUUGAUGACGAUAUUAUUAUGAUCAUCUCGUUAAAGUUUCAUACUUUCGUGUUUUUCGCGACCUGAAUCAAAAGUACAGUCGUACAGUUUUGGACCUAAACAGCGAGUGGUACUAAUAAUUUUUAUCGAGGUGUGCAGACGUCUAGCAUUUGGAGGAACGUUUAUAGUUUGAUUUAUUCAUAUUUCAAUCGCUGCAUUUUGAAAAUGAGGCGACGAGCGGGCGUCGGUGCCAUUCAGAAGCAAAAAUUGGAACAAGAAAAGUACAAGGACAAAGGGACGGUGAUUCAGGAGAAUCAGUUUGAACAUAUGACCAAACAAAUGGAAGUGUUCCGCGGGAAUCUUGAGGAAUUCGCCACUAAGUACAAAAACGAAAUCAAGAAGAACUCACAGUUCAGACGACAGUUUCAAGAAAUGUGUGCGUCCAUCGGUGUCGAUCCGUUGGCCUCCGGAAAGGGCUUUUGGUCAGUCCUUGGCAUCGGAGAUUUUUACUACGAAUUGGCCGUUCAAAUCGUUGAAGUGUGCAUGGCGACAAGUUAUAAAAAUGGUGGUAUCAUUGGGUUGGACGAGCUCAGGGAUCGCCUGAUAAAAGCUAGAGGUCGCAAUAUACAGCAUCAAGAGAUCACAGUUGACGACCUACUGUGUGCGGCCAAGAAGCUAAAAAUAUUUGGCAACGGUUUUUGCGUGAUUCCUGUCGGCAAGGGCCAGUACAUGGUGCAGUCUGUGCCUGGAGAACUGAGCAUGGAUCAGACAGCCGUACUCAAACUGUUGUCGUCUUCUGGCAGUCCCUGCGUCAGUCUUUCGUCCCUCAAAGUGCAACUCAAUUGGGAAGAAACGAGAGCUGUGAACGCUAUCAGUCAAAUGGUUAUUGAAGGCCUGUGCUGGGUUGACAGUCAAAAUGAUGGUGAAUUCUCAUACUGGUUCCCGGCCAUGUUCAACGAAUGCAUAACAUCAUGACGAUAUUUCAUUUCGAAAUUGUUUAUUGUUGCAAGCUAUUAAUCUUUUCUCAGUGAAACAUAUGGGGCUUAGAGGUAUAAUAGAUUUCUAAAUGAAGACCAGACACGUUCCAAGCUUCUUAUGGCAUAUUUGGUUUCGUUGAGGCAACACUAAAUUUUCUAAUCCCAUUAGGGGCAUACUGGAAAUACAAAUUGGCUGACUAAAGGGAAAAGAGAAAUCCGCCCAUUGUUGGUAUUUCUUCCCUUUUUUAUUUUUUUAGUUAUAGAAUACAGUUAUAAUUAAAAACACUAAUUUAUAUUAUCAUUUAGUAGAUCACCCAACUUCCACCCUAGCCAGCUCCUGAAUCAAGACUUGAAAGUCCACACAGAUGGUGAGGUAGAAAAACCAUAUAUAAACUAAAUGAUAGUCAUUAAGUACAAAGUAAAUUUGUCAAGAAAGUCUAAAUUUCUAAUGUGGUAAAUUAGAUGAGGGCUGCAGAAACAAACAAAACCACCUUACCUCCAUCUUCAUCCUGUGAGAGAAUAUUAUUGUCACGGGCUAGAUGUAAUCAUAUUUCUUCUGAGUUUUGUUGAUAAUAUCUCAUUUAUAAUUGGAAUUAAUACAUUUGUUUUCAGUAAAACAUCACGUAAGUUUUAUUAAUAUAAUAUAAUAUCAGUGUAACAAAAAAAAAACAAAAAAAAUGUCUAUAUUAAUUUACAAAUUCAAAGUAAUUGUGGGUCACAAGAUUUUGUUUGGCAAUCUACUCAAAUGGAUAAAAAAUUAUAAACUAUUUCUAGAAUAGAACAAAAUUAUCACAUGUAUUUGUUUUGGCCUGUGGUUGAUGUACAUAAUAUUUAUUAAAUGCAUAAACACAAAACAAAUUUAUAUCAUAGUACUAUGUGUAACUAUUCAGAAAUAUCUUCAUUCAACGAGCAAUAUUAUUAUUGUUGAUUAUUAGCAUUGGUAAUAAUAUAAUAAUAUAAUAUUACAAUUUAGUUUUUGUAGAAAAAAAGUUAUACUAUACGCUACUUUUGUUGUGUGUUUGAAAAGUAAAUUACCUAUUGUUAUUAUUUAAACAUCACAGCCACAAAAAAGGGUACAAAAUAAAACAGUGGCAUUGGUUACUUAACUUAUUCAAAGAGACCAUUAUAGUGAGGCGAUUACAUUUUACGUCAAAAAAACAAAGAGGCAUUCUUUCGGUAUAUUUUAAACGUCACAAUGUAUAAAGCACUAUAAUUUAACCUCAAAAUAAUUACAAUACCUAUUUGUUUUGAAUAAACACUUUAGUACAUUUUUUGUUAUCAUGUAUGUAUAGUAAUAAUAAUAAUAAUAAUAAUAAUAAUAAUAAUAAUAUAAUAAUAAUAAUAUGAUGUAUACUUAUUUAUGCGUAUUGUAUCUAUCGUAAACUUAAUACAGUAGGACAAUUAAUAACAUAAUAUAAAGACAAUUUAACUUAAAACCAGGUGUCGACAAGAUGAGAGGAUGAGAGAUAGAUUAAAAUCUAUAAUAUAUACAAUAAUAAAAUUACUAUAAUUAUAAACAGAAAAUUAAUCAAAUUUAAUUAUACAUAAUAAAAAAAAAUAUAUAUAUAAUUGGUAUAAUAUUAUGCUGUUGGAAACUACGUAUUUAAAUUCAGCUUCUCGAAAACAAAUAUGAGUUACGAAUACAUUUAGUGAGACAUUAUUUAAACCUUAAAAUAAAUAUGAUACAGUACAAUGAUUAGUAGUAAUAAACACAUUUCAGAUAAUACAAGUUAGGUAUUUUGCUCAAUUAUAAUAAAAAAAAAUAUAUAAUACUAAAGAAAAAAGAAAAUAAAUCAGUCUUAGGUAAACUUCUCGCCGUUCACAUAGUUUGAUAACAAACUCUUGUUAAAAAUCUAAUUAAUAUCGUACAAA